AUGGGUAGUAAUUCUUAUUUGGUGGUCGGGUUGCUGGAGAAGAUGGACUCUAGCGAUACCGAUUUUCGAUAUAUGGCCACCAAUGAUUUAAUGAAUGAACUUCAAAAGGAUGGAUUCACGUUAGAAGAAUCUACUGAAAAAAGAGUGGUUCAUAAAGUUUUAAAAUUAAUGGAUGACCCUAAUGGUGAAGUGCAAAAUUUGGCUGUUAAAUGCCUUGCGCCACUUGUCAAAAAAAUUCGAGAGGCACAGUUAGGAGAAAUUGUUGAUAAACUUUGUGAUUAUGCCACUCAAAAGAAUAAGGAAGAAUUACGAGAUAUCGCAGGAAUUGGUUUAAAAACAGUUAUUGUGGAAAUACCAAGUAAUUCACCGAGCGCUGGGAAUGUGAUGCAAAAAUUGAUUCCAAAACUUCUUGAUCAGUUGGGAAAUAUUAAUGCAACUUAUGAAGUACAAAUGGAUACUCUUGAUAUCUUGAGCGAACUUCUUGCUCGAUUCGGAAGUUCAGUUGCUAAUAAUGUUAUAGCUCAAAAAAAAAUUCAAAAUUGUUUGAUAAAUAAUUUAAAUCAUUCACGUCCAGCAUUUAGGAAGAGAACUACUGUUGCACUUGGAAAUCUUGUAACACAUACACCGGAUGAUCUUUUUAAUGAGUUAGUACAUAAAUUAUUGGAAGGUGCUCCAAGGUUAGGAAAAUAUUUACCACAAUUUUUACCACUUGUAAUUAAUAGUAUCAAUAUAAAUGAUGAUGAAUUACGUGAAAAUUGUUUACAGACACUUGAAUCAUUUGUAUUGCGUUGCCCGACAGAAAUGACUCCCAAUAUAGAUGACAUUAUCAAUAUUUGUCUAGUGUAUUUGAAAUAUGAUCCUAAUUAUGCUAAUGAUGAAAUGGAAGAUGACGGUGAUGCAGAGAUGGACGAAGAUGAAGAAAUGGCAACCGAGGAAGAAGAAGAAGAUGAUGAUGACGACGAAGGGUGCGAAUAUUUAGAUCUAUUGCGUCGAUCAUCUUCGAAAUUACUUGCAGCCAUCAUUGGUACAAGACAUGAACUUCUUACGCAAUUAUAUCAUAGCGUUUCUCCUGCUUUGGUUAAUAGAUUUAAAGAAAGGGAGGAAUCUGUUCGUGUGGAUGUUUUACAAACGUUCAUUGUACUUCUUAGGCAAACUCAUGUAUACGGAGGUGAAAGUUAUAUUCCAAGAGAUAACGAUCAUGAACCUAAACGUAGAAGGGCUGUUGGGCCUAGUGAAUCACAAGAAAGUCCAAAACAGAUGUUGCGACAGUUGGUUCCAAAAUUAAGUCGUAAUUUAUCAAAGCAAUUGGUUUCAAAAUCUAUUAUUACCAAACAAACCGGUUUUUUGCUUCUUCGCGAAUUAGUUACGGUAUUAAAUGGAGGACUUGAUAAUCAUCUUAACACGUUCGUCCCUCCUAUUGAGAAUUCUUUGUCGGUGUCACCUGAUUCCGUUCAUCACCAUCAUACGAGUACAAAUUCUAAUCUUAAGAUUGAAACCUUGAGUUUCCUUCGUCAAUUAUUUAAGGUUCAUCCACCACAAGUUUUUCAUAAUUAUCUCUCAAGAUUAUGUCCUCCAAUAAUCAAUUCCGUUAGAGAUAAAUUCUAUAAGAUAACAUCCGAAGCAUUCUUGGUUUGCAUUGAAUUAAUUAAAGUUAUUCGUCCUAUCGAAUAUCAAGAAUCUACACAAACAUAUAAUAUUCAACCAUUGAAUCCAGAAUUUAAACAAUAUAUAUUGGAUAUUUAUGAUGUUACUAUGGCUCGCCUUUCGACAAUGGACGCAGAUCAAGAAGUCAAGGAAAGGUCUAUAAUGUGUUUAGGUGUUCUCAUUUCUCAAACUGGUGAUAAUUUACAAGAACAACUUAAAACGUGUAUGCCAUUAUUAUUGGAACGUUUGAGAAAUGAAGUAACACGAUUGACCACAGUUAAAACAUUUAAAAUGAUAGCUGAUAGUACAGUUUGUGAAAGCGAAGAAGUGAGAUUAGCCAUAAAAGGAGCUAUUCAAGAUGUUGCAGUUUUACUUAGAAAGAGCCAUCGUCAAUUGAAAGUUGCAACAUUAGUUUGUUUGGAAGUUUUUGUACGACGUUAUGGCUUACUUCUUGGACCAGAAAAUUAUUCUCGAGUCAUUGAAGAAUUGACACCUCAUAUUUCUGACCAAGAUCUUCAUUUAUUACCUUUAGCAUUGAAUACCGUGGUUUCAAUUCUUUACACAAAUCCUGCUUCACUUCCAACUGUAUAUAGUGAUAUAAUGCCUAACGUUUUUAAACUUGUUCAAUCAACUCUUGUACAAGGCGCUGCUUUAGAUAGUUUAUUGGUCUUAUUCCAAACAUUAAUUAAAACUCAAGAAUCAGAUUUCAAUAAAUUAUUCUCUGGUUUAAUACAACCAUGUCAACCUAUUCCAACUAUUCAAAAUAAUUCAAAUCAGGAUAUUACACAAUUGAUUCUAUCGAAGCAGGCGUAUUCAACAAUUGCACAAUGUAUUGCAACAAUAUGUGUGGCAUCAACACUUUAUUGCAAUAACACCGUUAUUGAAUUAAAUAAAAUGAUUGGGGAACAAAAAUAUCCUGAUUCAAUUAAAUACGUUUCACUUUUAACUUUAGGGGAAAUUGGACGUAAAAUUGACUUAAGUUCACAUUCAACGAUUCAUGUGACUAUACUAUCGAUGUUCUCCUCACAGUCCGAAGACUUAAAAUCAGCAGCUGCAUUUGCACUUGGAAAUGUUAGUUCAGGAAAUGUAUCCAAGUAUUUACCAAUUGUGAUCCAAGAAAUUACUUCCGAUCCCAAAAAGCGAUAUUUAUUGUUACAUUCGCUCAAAGAGAUAAUUUCGCGCUAUUCAAAUGAAGACGGGGUUAAAGCAUUGGGUCCAUUUGCAGAUGAUAUUUGUGGAGAAAAUAUUGAAGAAGGAACUAGGGGAGUGGUUGCAGAAUGUCUUGGAAAAUUGACUUUGGCAAAUCCGAAUAAAUUUUUACCAGAGUUACAAAAACGUCUUCGAUCUGGAUCCGCCCAAACUCGGGGGACUGUAGUUACAGCCAUUAAGUUUACAUUUAUAAAUCAGGGUCAAGAAUACGAUGCACUUUUACGUCCUUUAAUUGUUGAUUUCUUAUCUUUGAUUCAGGAUUCUGAUUUGAAUGUUCGUAGACUUUCAUUAUCUACACUAAAUUCGGCUGCUCACAAUAAACCAUAUUUGAUUCGUGACGUAUUGGAUCAAUUGUUACCAUUGUUAUAUUCUGAAACAGAAAUAAAAGAUAAUCUUAUUCAUAUGGUGGAAAUGGGACCAUUUAAACAUAAGGUGGAUGAUGGUCUCGAUAUUAGAAAGUCAGCAUAUGAAACCAUGUACACAUUACUUGAAACCUGUCUCGAUAGGUUGGAAAUUUAUAACUUUUUAUCUCGAGUAAUCUCUGGAUUAUCCGAUCAACAUGAUAUUUGUAUUCUUUCACAUACGAUGUUGAUACGUUUAGCUCAUGUCGCACCUACAGCCGUUUCACAAAGGUUAGAUGAAACAGUUGAACCACUCAAAGCAACCUUAACAUAUAGAAUGAAAGAUAAUGCAGUUAAAUCAGAAAUUGAUAAAAACAAUGAAUUGUGUCGAUCUGCUGUUAGAACUGUGGUUGCUUUGAAUAAAUUAUCUGAACAGGGAGGAAGCACACCUAAAUUUGAUGCAUUCGUCCGAGAUACAAAAGUAGGUCAGUGGGGUGAUCAAUUUAACGCAUAUCAAGCUGAAAUGGAAAAUAAGGAAUCUGGAUCAGGGCAUGUCGGGGAUAGUUAUACGCCAGUGCCUACAGCGGAACCUUCAGAUAUUGCUAACCUUCCAAAGUUCACAUAUAAUCUCAUCAAUGAAGCCAAAACUACUCGAGAUAACAUUCGUUCACAAAACAUUAAUUAUUGUGUGACAACUUGUGGUGGUGCUAGCAAUAACUUUCUCAAUGUGACUACUAUGGGUUGGGGAUGUGGUUGCAGUUUGAAAACGCCCGAUUUCAAAUUUUACGAAUGGCCUAUAAAUAUUGAAGAUUGUAGAAACCGUGGAUUGGCAUGCGCAGCUGCUUGUCAAAGCGAUACAACUCCAGUUGAAAAAAAAUCAGAAUGCAAUAUUGCUUGCAGUAAAGUAUACGCUAUGCAAUGUGGAACUGCUAAUCAAGUUCAAUAUCAUUAUGAGGUUGAAACCGAGGCAGAUAUUCCAAGUUAUUCAUCAGAAAAUGAUCCCGGUAAUCCAAGUGCUUCUUCUUCUACCACUUCAAGUCCUACCGAAACAAGUGUAGGAAGUGAUUCUCCAAGUGGUGCAAGUAUACAAAAUCCAAUUAUUUGGGCAAUUUCUGCAUUAGCUAUAGUUGCCGCUGGGAUGAUGACGCUUUAA